AACCGUCCUUUCGCUACAGUACGGUUGUCCGGAAUAGGCGGACGAACCCAUGGCUUCCUCGACAGUGAACGUUGUCCGGUAUACAGCUCUGCUGACCGGUGUCUUCUAUGGCAUUGCGCACCGCCGGACAUUACAAAAGGCACACGACGAGGAAAAGCUGCAUCAUACCAUCCAUGAGCGGGAGCACUUGAUCGCACAAGCGAAGGAGGCAUGGAAGAAGAGGCAAGAGAGUUCGAAGGAUGGUGUUGUCACGGACCCGGAGGAUCCUAGAUUCGACCUAGAAAAGCUUUUUGCAAAGUGGGAAAGCGAGUCGUAAUGCUUAGAAUUCUCUGAUCUCCGUCCGUUCCUUGCCACUGAGAGGGCACGUCCGCGUGCCUCCGAACACUUGCGUGGUUCUCGCUCUGCGAUUGCUCCGCCUCUCCUGCCUUUUCCUGUGCUAUGCUAGAUAAGAGCAAUCAUACACCUCAACUAUUGUACUUGUGUA